AUGAAGUCGGGCAACCUGAUGACAUGGAUAGCCCACCAGAUGACCCCACUCAUCUCCAAGCGUUUGCGCCAUGAGAGACCCCUCUGUCCGGCUCCCAGACCAACAUUGACCCAACUUUCCAGCACGGGCAAGAAGAAUUGGCAUCAAUUUGAUGACCACGACAAGAAAGUACUGAUGGCAUCACAGCCGCCAGCACCCGCCGGUCGCCAAGCCAACGUUGCCAACAGCACCAUGGACCCCA